UUUAGUACAUAAUAACUUUUCUUUCAUAUUUUUUUCCAAUUAUUUAUGAGACUUUUCUAAUUAUUAUAUUUAUUUUAAAAAUGAACUAUAUAUAGCAUAUAUCAUAUAUUUUUGUAUGUAUUUUUUGGCACCCUUUUGACUUUAUCAGAGGGAGGAGUCAAAAUGGCCAGAGGGAGGUGGGGGAGAGCGAUGAGAGUUCAAGGGUUUCCACACACACACACACACACACACACACACACACACACUUGUCCUCAUCCUCAUUUAGCUGCAGGCCUGCUCCCCUCCUCUCCCCUCUGCUGGAAUGAGAGCCUGAGGAUUAAGGAGCCGGGCGGCUGGACCAGACGAACACAGGAUUGAAAUUGGGAUUGGAGGGCUCGGGCAGGACUGGAUUAUUGUUGGACUGCAGGAAACGGGCAGUUUGUGCUGGGAUUGGUGACACGGAUUGUCUUGUGGACUCUAUGAAACAAGCGGCAGUGAGAAACAAACGUGGUUGUCAGCGGCACUGGGAGCACGGGGACUGUCGAGACUGGCUGUGAAGCUACUCAGCUGCAGACAGACCGACGCUUUCUCUGUGCCUGAUGACCUCAGUCCAGAGGAGAGAAAGGAGCUGGAAAGCAUCCGCCGCAGGAAAGAGGAGCUACUGCACGACAUACAGAGGCUGAAGGAUGAGAUAGCAGAGGUGACCAAUGAGAUUGAAAGCCUGGGCCAGAGUGAAGAGAGGAAAAGCAUGCAGAGGAAUAAACAGAUGGCCAUGGGCCGAAAGAAGUUCAACAUGGACCCGAAGAAGGGGAUUCGUUUCUUGAUUGACAGCUCCCUUUUGAAAAACACCAGCGAUGACAUCGCCCAGUUUCUCUACAAGGGGGAGGGGCUUAAUAAGACCGCUAUUGGAGACUACCUAGGGGAGAGAGAUGACUUCAACAUCGAGGUCCUGCACGCCUUCCUGGAGCUGCACGAGUUCUCAGACCUGAACCUGGUGCAGGCCCUCAGACAGUUCCUGUGGAGCUUCAGGCUGCCCGGCGAGGCUCAGAAGAUCGACCGCAUGAUGGAGGCGUUCGCCCUCAGAUACUGCCGCUGUAACCCCGGAGUGUUCCAGAGCACAGAUACCUGUUAUGUGUUGUCUUUCGCUGUGAUCAUGUUGAACACCAGUCUCCACAACCCCAACGUGAAGGACAAGCCCUCGGUCCAGAGGUUCACGGCCAUGAACAGAGGCAUCAAUGAUGGAGGAGACCUGCCGGAGGAGCUGCUCAGGAACUUGUUCGACAGCAUCAAGAACGAACCCUUUAAGAUCCCAGAGGAUGAUGGGAACGACCUCACACACACCUUCUUCAACCCCGACCGAGAAGGAUGGCUGCUCAAGCUCGGAGGAGGGCGAGUUAAGACCUGGAAGAGACGCUGGUUCAUUCUCACAGAUAACUGCCUCUACUACUUUGAGUACACGACUGAUAAAGAACCCAGAGGAAUUAUUCCACUGGAGAAUCUGAGUAUCAGAGAAGUCGAUGACUCCAAGAAACCGAACUGCUUCGAGCUGUUCGUCUCCGACCACAGAGAUCAGGUGAUCAAAGCCUGCAAGACGGAGGCAGACGGCCGCGUGGUGGAGGGAAACCACACUUUCUACAGGAUCUCCGCCCCGACCGCAGAGGAGAAGGACGAGUGGAUCAACAGCAUCAAAGCCGCCAUCAGCAAAGACCCGUUCUACGAGAUGCUGGCUGCCCGGAAAAAGAAAGUGUCGUCUCUGAAAGGGCUGUAGCGCUGCGAGGAUGAAACACUGUGGACCUGAAACUCCUCCUCCUGCUAAACUGACAUUUGGACCUGACGGAGAGAAGUUUGCUUUUAAAGCUCUUCCUCUGUCCCCUUCAGUACCGACACCUCUCUCUCUACAGGUUUGACCUUGUGUUUAAAGUUUCUCUCCCCAUCUAGAGAUGAUAGGACAGCACUCUCUGUCCUCUGUCUUUAUCUUCCUUUUGGACCCUUCUUCAGUGCUAUACCUCCUUUAUACACUGUGUGGUCUGCUGUGGUACAGCAAGGCUCUACUACAGAGGCACUAAGAACAUUAUAUGUUAGUUAGGAAGUUUAAUAUCAAAAUGGGUCAGGGUGUAAUAUUCAGAGAAAAACACAAUUUGGAAGGAAAAAGCUAGGAAGUUCUGUCAGUCUCAGAAUGUCUGAGAAAAAACAAGCAAACGUUUAUGUUAUGAGAUUAUCAAGCAUAACAUUUAAGCGGAAAAAAAUCUGGGUUGUGAUCACAAGUAGUUAAUAGGUCAUCCAUUACAGGUCAAUGACACAAUAUGGCAAGCUGGGGCGUAUUGCUGUGAUGAUCCAGCAUGCCAAGUGAAGCGAUGUGGUUCCCUUAAAAACAACCCGCAAUUUUCGGUGUUAAAUAACCCUUCUCCUAAUAGAAGCUAAUAACCUACAACGGCGCUGAUAAGCCGUUGUUCUCCACAGCUCUACGAGGAGAUGUUCUCGGUCAGAAUGAAACUGUAAAGUGGACCUAUCAUGCUAUAUUUGAAUAAUAUAUUGUAGGGUCAUACCUAUAUAAAACAUGUCUGAAGUUUUUUUUUCAAAAUACCAAACAGAUCAUGCAUUUUACACAUGCUGUUACCAUGCCACGCAACCUCUCACGCCCCUGAUAGGUGGAGAGUUGCCCAUAUAGGCGGAGCUCCUCGUUCCUGACGUCAGAACAAUUUCAAAUCCGUAUCAGAUCCGUUGCAGCCCCGUUUUUAGAAAUGUGGAUAUGGAGGAAAAGAGAGGGUUGUGUUUGCUGACACUUGGUGAGUUCCCUGACACACCAGGGACACGUAUUCAUGUAUACAAGACGUACAAAAGUACAUUUUGCAUGAUAGGUCACCUUUAAGAUAUUUUGUUUUAGUUGAACACCUACUGUUUUUUGAUAAAAGCCUUUCUCCACCUUGUGAAAGUUGCAGCACAUUUCAACACAAGGAUGGGGAUCAGCUGAUGAAGGAAUCACAUGGCACAAUAAUGUGAUUCAGAGCAGCUUUCGGAGAGUCUGAAGUUUGAGAUUCAAUUUCUGUUACAAUAUAGAAAUCACAUGGGUAAACAAAUGUUGUCAUCUCGUUUGGGAUGCUGGACUUUAUUGUACAAAAUGCUCUUUUCUAAAUCUGUUUUCUUACUGCUGUUGGUCACAUGUCAAAGCACUGUUAAUGAAAGUGAUGCAUAAAUAGCUACAUAUUUAUUUAUCCAGAUUUCUUGUAACUUAUUAUUUUGAGAUUUGUCUCAUUAAAAGUCUGAAAAACCAA